CAGCUCUGCUCAGUCAGGUGCAGGCAGUGAUUCGAAGUGGUUCCCCUAUUCGCUAGCUCCUGUCAGUAUUUUUUUUUCUAGGUCCUUUUCUCCAGUAAUCCUGGGUCACUGUGGAUUGGAGUGUGGCUGCAGGAGAGCAGAAAAGAAAAACUGCUGCUGCUGGAGCUGCUGUUGUAGAAUAGUGAAAACAGUGAGUGAGGAAAAUUGAUGCGAAAAACGAAUUUGAUUCACGCCUGGCUGACACCCAUUUCAUGGAGUGAAGCAAACGAGCAGCGAAAAAUGGAAUGUGCUCCUGAAAAAUCUUCAUUCCAAUUAGUGUGAAGAAAAUUGUUUGCCAACGGGUGGGCCUGGCCUGCUCUGAUGCGGUGGAAAACGAGAAAAGGUCGUUGUUAGGUGAAAGUUCAAGUGAAUAAAAGAUCCUGAAAAGUUGCAAAAUGAUGGAUAGCAAGUGAUAUUUUUCCGAAUAGUAUGAACCACUCGAAGCUUCAGAGUCUAAGAUAAGGUGGAAAACGCAAGAAAAUAGCAGCAAGUUUUCCCACACCUUUCGCAGGGGAAAAAAAGGUAGCAAACGGAAAAACCGGAGAGCUGUAGAAAACCGAACGGAACCAGAGAGGAAAAUCAGGAAAAAUUACCUCCAGUGAAUUCUGGAGAGCUAUUAAAUAAUGUGGAUAAUCAUCAACGCAAAUUAUGAUAAAGCUGAGUGCAGAAUCAAGCGUAACAUUUUCAGAAUGGCCCCAGGCCAUUACUUCUGGGCGAUAUUCUACUUUGCCUGUUUGUGCAGUGCGUCCCUUGCAAACAACGCCAAGGUAAACUUCCGCGAGAAGGAAAAGAAGAUCCUCGAUCAGAUCCUCGGUUCCGGUAAAUAUGACGCCCGCAUCCGUCCGUCGGGCAUCAACGGCACAGAUGAUAAGGCUACACAAGUGCUCGUCAACAUGUUCCUAAGAUCGAUCUCGAAAAUCGACGAUUACAAAAUGGAGUACAGCGUACAGCUAACGUUCCGAGAGCAGUGGCUGGACGAGCGGCUCAAAUUCGAUGACAUCGGAGGCCGACUCAAGUACCUGACGUUGACCGAUCCGAACCGCGUCUGGAUGCCGGAUCUUUUCUUCUCGAACGAAAAGGAGGGACACUUUCACAACAUCAUCAUGCCGAACGUGUACAUCCGAAUCUUCCCGUACGGUUCGGUGCUGUACAGUAUACGAAUCUCGCUGACGUUGGCCUGCCCGAUGAACCUGAAACUGUACCCGCUGGAUCGGCAGGUUUGCUCGCUCCGAAUGGCUAGCUAUGGUUGGACAACCGCCGAUUUGGUGUUCCUGUGGAAGGAAGGUGACCCGGUUCAGGUGGUGAAAAACUUACACCUACCACGCUUUACGUUGGAGAAGUUUUUGACGGAUUACUGUAACAGUAAAACCAUUACCGGUGAAUACAGUUGCCUCAAGGUGGACUUGCUGUUCAAACGUGAGUUCUCGUACUACCUGAUCCAGAUCUACAUUCCGUGCUGUAUGUUGGUCAUCGUGUCCUGGGUGUCGUUCUGGUUGGAUCAGGGUGCAGUCCCGGCCCGGGUCUCACUCGGUGUCACCACCCUACUCACCAUGGCAACGCAAACAUCCGGUAUCAACGCAUCGCUACCGCCCGUAUCGUACACCAAAGCCAUUGACGUGUGGACCGGCGUCUGUCUGACGUUUGUAUUCGGGGCUCUACUGGAGUUUGCCCUGGUUAACUAUGCGUCCCGUUCAGCGGAUAGAGCAGCGGACAUGCACCGGGAGAACAUGAAGAAGAAGCGACGCGAGCUGGAACAGGCCAGUCUGGAUGCGGCAUCCGACCUGCUGGACACGGACAGCAACGCCACCUUUGCGAUGAAACCCCUGGUACGUCAUCCGGGCGACCCGCUGGCACUGGAGAAACUGCGACAGUGCGAGGUUCACAUGCAGGCCCCAAAACGGCCCAACUGCUGCAGGAGUUGGUUGUCCAAGUUUCCCACCAGCCCAUUGAAGCAGAUACCGUGCUUCGGAAGGGGACAAUGCUCUCGCUCGAAACGGAUCGACGUCAUCUCCCGGAUAACGUUCCCGCUGGUGUUCGCCCUGUUCAACCUGGUCUACUGGAGCACCUAUCUCUUCCGAGAAGAGGAGGAAGAUUAGAUUACGAUUACUACGGUUGCAGCAACAUUCAUUACGUUUAUUGACAAUUAUAAAUACUACCAACUAGUGAUGACAGAACGUUACGUGGGCGGAGGGGUUGAAUAGAUUUAAAGCUACAGAUAGUGUGCAAACAAAACAGCAGAAAUGAUAACAUUAACAGUAGUAAUUUAUACGAAACACAGAAACAACUAGUAAAAAAAAUGCGUUUUUUAAUCAAAUAAUCUACACAGCGACAGGAGUAUUACUGUUAGAAAAUCCACACAAGAAAAGUACUGCUCAAGAGGAGAUAAUUAUUUCAAAACUGUCAAAUGAGAAUAGUGAACAACAAACAAAUGCCAUUUUUAAAACAGGAAUGAACCGAACUUCCAAAUUCAGUCUACUUUUUAAACAAAAACAAGGGAGCAUUUGAGCUCACGCACCAGCGCUCACACCUUUCUACAUACACCUGAGUACUCCAAGGCACUCACACUAAUGCUAAUAACCGUAAGUCAAAACAAUGAUUCUGUCAAACACAAACCAAACAGAAUCGGAACUCACCAAGUGAGUGCCGCCAAUGGUCACCAACUAAAACAUAUGACAACACGUCAAACGUCACACAUCUCGUUAGGAAUUAGCAUACACACCUAGGGAGACGUCACGCGAGAGCCUAAUAGUUGUAAACAAAAAAAAACAAGAACAAACAAUGUAUUAGAAACAUAAGAAAUUAACGGAGUAAAGUUAUAAGAAUACUCAGCAAAACUUAUGAAUGUCUAAACGUAUAAACUUUUGAUAACUGUGCGACACAAAUACAUACCUACGCCUGCUGAGGUAACCGGUAAAGAAAAAACUGGAUGAACAUUGAUCAGAAUUCAUUUCCAUGUAUGUAUCGUGUAGGAGGAGCAGAUGUCACACAGAUGCCGGAAAACGGAACGUUUCGUAACUUUAGAUGUCAAAUUUAGAUCGAAUUAUUUUGAAACCAUUUCGGGGCUUCGGAAAGAUACCAUUGAUGAUAGCUCUAAGGAGUGUAUCGAAAAUAAGCUAUCCACAAAUUUUUCUUUCCAAUUAUGAUAAAAAACGAUAUAUUAUUCAAACUAAAAAUUGAUCCUUCAUUGUACGAGGUUAAACUUGAGCAUAAUGAAAACCGGAUGAAAUGACCUGGAAGGGUUUUUGAGUCCUUUACAUAAGUUUCAUCGUCCAUCAAAAUGCAUACAUCCGGACAUUGCAAAAGACGUGAAUACAAUCAUGAUUAGAGAUACCACAUUCUGGUCCAGUUUCGAGUUGAAAGAACCGGGUUUUCUGCCUCUUCCUGGUUGCUCAUUCAAAGAAUAGUGUUCCCCAUACUUAUUAAUGAUGGUUUUAACACUGGCAUGAUGAAUUCCAAACCGCUUCGCCAAUUUUCGCAAAGUAAUACCCUUCUCACAUAGCCAUGUGUCCAGAACUUUGACUUUCACUUCCUUUUCAAUACGCGACAUUUUGAAAACGCAGAAUUUCAACCGCACAAACAAGUACACAAACGAAAGCUGACAGCCAAACGCACAGCAUGCUGUGAUCUGAGCAUACAAAACCAUCGCUAAUACAUGCGUACAACACAUAUGUAUGUGGAUAGCUUAUUUUCGAUACACUGCUUAGUUGGCAAUAAGAAAAAAAUUGGCAAAAAAAGUCACAAUAACCGACUAAUUAGCGCUAGCUUGACGUGGCUCAGGCCUGUUCAAGCCACUUGUAUGUGGCGGACAGAUUGCUGUUGAAAAUCGCUAGAAAUUAACAAAACAGCCCACCUUAGUCAGCAUCAUCCAUUCCUCUAGCUGGAGUGUAGUAAAAUGGCGUAAGCCGCCUAACUUUUACACGAACGCAUUCAUAAAAUGAACGAAAAUACAAUGACAUUUAAAAUAUGACUGUCAAUGGGGUUCAUCGAGCACCCAAAAAAAAUCUAUCACUGAACCGAUUGAGCACUACAAAAUCGACCAGUAGAGUAAGAAUUCAUUGCUCAUUCCGUCAUUUCGAUAAUAUGGGCUUUGCCGGAAACGGUUGUUGCAUUGUUACCAAACUCUUGUCGGAAUCCAGACAGAAUACUGGCAAAAAUUGCUGGCAGGCAGGGCAUAGUUUGGGGGCAAAUUUGCCCGCCACGGACAAGUUGGAAACGGUUGAUAAAAUAUUCAUGAAAAGUAAAACAAAAGUCCCUUUAAUAUUUGAAACUGCUGAUACCCUUCCCGGGCGGGCAGAUUAUACCCGGGACAAACAGUUGUGUCAGCUACAAAUUUCUACCGGCAUUUUGGCAACAAUGGAACUGUCGUUUUCGACUUGUAGACAGUAUUUUUCUGCUGAAAUUCUUCCAGACAAUGCUGCCAAAACAGUUCUGAAUAGGAUCUGCAUGUCUGUCAUCACUUCUCACAUAUUAAAUCCGGAAUAAAUUCCGAAUCAAAGACAAAUGAGCGCUAAAACUUCUUCAGGAAUUCCAUGUGGAAUAAAAGCGAACUCCAGUGCAAAUCGGAUGCGAAUGGAACUUCACUAUCUAACGAUUGAUUCGGAAAUCUGUCGGAAUGAAGUGAAAGUAACCGAACCGAAUAGUUCGUGCUUAAAAUUUAUUUAGUAUAAUUCACUGCAAUCGGCUGAAAAUUUGAACAAUCAUUUGCCUAUAUGUUUUAUAUUUUCCAUUUUACAAGUUGAGUUAUAAUAAAAUUGCUCUCAUUGCAUGGUUUUACACUAACUUAUUCAUUAAAGGUAUGUUGAAAACGUCAAUGUCAGUUGGAUUGAUCGAGCACUAAAAAACGAGCUGUCGAUUAAGAAUUCAUUGCUCAGUUUGUCUUGUAAACAGUGUACAAACUUUUCUGUUUCGCUGAAUCUCGGCAAAAUAAUUGCCAAGAUUUGCACCGCCCAGUACUCGGCAAAGAAUAAAAUUGUGGAGUCUCGGCAAUCUCAAUGUUGAUAAACGUCAGUUAUUUCCGAAAUUGUCAAAAAAUUACUGUCUGUUCGGCAUAACCAUUACUAAAUGUUCGGAAAUGUAACAUCACUUAUGAACGAGGACCUAGCGACGAAUAUGUUAAUUGACACGUCGUUAAAGUUCAUCGACAUAAUCUACAUAACAGGCGCGGCAACUAUGGGGGGGUAAAGCACUUUUUGCCCCCCCUUCCUGCUACAUAAUGACAUAAUGGCUUUCCGGCGGAGAAAGCAAGAUCUGGAAGAAAGGAAGGAAGCUAUCUAUAUAUAAACAACAAUAAUUUGCCGUUACUAUACUUGCUGAACAGAUCGUAGAUUCCCUCGUCUGUUCCAUUUUUUUCUAAUGACCACCAGAAAUUCUCUCCGAAAUAUUUUGUCAGAAAAUAACUGCCCAGCGAAGAUAUAAAACGUAAAUGACAGUUGUCUAGCCGAAUUUCGGCGAAAGCUGACAAAUAUUUCGAAAAUUCGGCAAACGCAUUUACUGAUCUCGGGAUAAUUGUUAAUCACCGAUGAUUUCAACCAAAUCUUGACAAAAAGAUGUGCAUUGCCGAAAUGUCGGUAAAUCUACUUAACGAAUCUCGGGAAACAAAUAAUAGUGAUUACUGAGCAAUCAGUAACAUUGUUUGUUGCCGAUCUUGCUCGGCUUUUUACUUUACCGAGCUCGAAAAUUGGGUUUAAGUGUGUGGGAUUAAAUUCAAUUAUUAAGAAUGUUGCAAAUUUGAUAAUAGAAUCUAAAUAGUUCCCAAGACGAAUGAUUAUGUCUGGCAGGCCGGUAUUCUGUCAGAAACGCUGUGAGAAUCUGACAACAAUGCAACAACCGGAACGCAUUGAUUUACUUAUUCAAAAAAAGGAUGUUUAAAAUAUUAAUAUCAAUUGGAAUGAUCAGACACUCAAAAACGAGCUGUCGAAUAGGAACUCAUUUCUCAGUCUGUUUUGGAAUUAUUUUUUUAAUCAUAAAAAUCUCCGUGAGGACCGAUUGCUUUCCUUCCAUACUAUUGAGCUGAAAGAAUGAUCAAAUAGUAGAAAUGUGUUCUCAUAUUUUGGACAGAACUGACUCAGAAUAUUCUGAUUCGGUUGUAGAAGAAGCGUAUCAGUACCAAAUCAACUCGUCUGAAAUUUGAUUCGGAAUUCUGUAUGAUUUCUAAAUGAAUUCUGAAUCAGAUGCACCAACCGAUUCCGAAUCGAUCCGAGUAGUAGUCAAUGUCUCUGGCUCAAAACUUGAUCUGUAUUUAUCUGUGUCCAAGUAUGUACAAGGAAAUUUUGACCGGGCUUCGUUUUAGUGAGCAAAAACAAAAAGGUCUUAUCACCUGUCACCUAGGCCAAAACCGUAACGAUCUGGUGAAAUCUGCAAAAUCUGGAAAAUGAUCUAGUUAGUUAGAGCGCUUGUCGAAACGAGAAAAAACUCGCAUUUGCCAGAUAUAUCUGGAACAUGACAACGCUGGCCAAAGCAGAAAAAUGUCAAGGCCGAGUCGGUCUGGUCGACCUAAGGCGGGUCAACUUUUAGAAGAAAGAGAAUUGCUGUUAGAUUCUGGAAUCUCUGGUCCCCACUUGUACGCGGCGGGCAGAUUACCCCCCAGACGGCUGGCUAUGUCUGCCAGCCAUUUCUGCCAGAGUUCUGCCAGAAUUCCGGCAAAAGUCUGGCAACAAUGCAACAACCGUUUCCGGCAGAGAAUUUCACCUAGCGGUUAAUAACGGUUCUUUUCUGCCGGAAUCUUGCCAUACAAGAUUGGCAGAACCGUUUUGAAUCGGUUCUACAUUUUUAGCGCCUUGGUUAAAUUUUUUCUUAAAAAAGUACAUAUGAAAGGCAAUAAAUUAUUACCCUUCAUAAUAAUAAUUAUGGAAAAUGUUAUUGCUAAUAACAGUGUUUUCUCACUACCAAACAUACCCAUAUUUCAAUCUUAUUUAACUCGUCUCAAGAUUCGUUUUUUGUAUGCACAUGCGGGAUUGACGAAUAUCAAAUAAAGUCGAAUUAAAAAAAGAAAAAAGAAGGAAGAGAGAAAUAAACAAGACACAUACGGCGAGAUAAUGACGCAAUUUCGCCUGAACAAUUUUGACUGCAGCCGGAAUGCAGACAGCCUUCUGACGGUUGCCAGAAUUUCCCACAAGCGGGUCAGACCUCCCCGCCAGGGUUGCCACAUAUACAGGUUAAUCUGUAUUUUACAGAUCUUACAGAUCAAUGUGUGACCAAGAUUCUGUAUAUACAGAUUACACAUUUUUGAAGAGAAAUACAGAUUUUUACAGAUUUUUGAUUCCGUGGAUUAAAAAUUGAAUAAUGAUCGAGUUAAAAUAUAUUAAAUAAUGGUGCUGUUUUUUUCUCUAAGUAAAACCUAAUCCUAAUUUUGCGGUAAUUCUUAAAAGAGAAUAACACAUACAUAAAAGAGAAUAUCAAUGACAGUUAACAUAGAUGUCCUAUAUGCUAACAAAGAUUUUUCAAUGCUCACAUUUUCUUGCAACUAGUGUAACUUAAUUUCUUAUGCUUUUAAAAAUUCUGCUAAGAUGGAAAGAUGAUGGCCUCGGUCAUAACGUAAAGUAGUAAAAAAGAAAGACUACCAAUUUCAUUAUACCUAAUAAAAUUUUCAUCAAACAUCAUUUCGAGAGGCUCAAACGCAAAAAAAAACUUGCAGCGUUUUUCAAAUUACAACAUACAAUUCAGAGCAGGAAAAAUUUUGGUUUCUUUAAAUUUGGGUUCUAAAGACUCUUUCAUUCCGCUGUGCUUCGAAUUCUCAUCGCUUCCAUACACAGAUUUUCAAUGCAGGUUUUUGAUCCCCCGAUAUAGAUUUACAGAUUUUUCUUCUGAAAAAUGCAGAUUUAAAUGUGGCAAAACUGCUUCCAGCUUGUACGUACCGGGCAGAUCUCCUCUCAGAUUUUUGCCAGAAUUUAAGCAAGAAUCUAGCAAUAAUGCAACAACCGUUUCCGACAUAGACUUUCGUCUAGUGGAUAUGAACGGAUCUGUUGCAACCGGAACAAAACUGGCCGAACUGUUUGGAAUCGGUUCGACGAUUCCAGUUGUCAAACCGGCUCUCAGAUGCCCAAUACAUAAUGAUUUGUAGAGCCUGGUUGACAGCCUGUUCAGUGACAUAAGCUACACAAUCUUUAUCGUACAGUGUUGCUAGUUGAUAGUGACAGAUAUCAGCGCUGGUGACGAAACGAGAUCCGGAAAUUGGUUUCGAUAUCAUUCGAUCUAGAUUUGAGCAAGAAUCGCACUUAAUAAACAACCGACGCCGGAAAGAAAUCGUCUUCUUUAAUAUUUAACUAUAUAUUAUCAUUUUACAACAAAUAAUAAUAAAAUACGGUAUCCGAGAGGUACCCGAAGGCAUUGAAUCGUUGGAUGUUUUGCCAUCCGAUCUUAGGCAAAUGAGAAUAUCUAGCAAACGAAACGAGUUGAAAAAUUAAACAAACUUAUAACAACAAAAAAAACAACCUUUAGAUUGAAAAGUUAUUGCGAGUGUUCGAAUAGAGUUUAGAGAUGAUGUGCACGGAUUAGAGCCACAUUAGAUUCGGCGUAUGAAGUCGAAGGAAAAAAAGGUUUUUGUUUUCGUUUUUCUCCGUCGUAGGACUAAGCACAGGUACAGCCGGACAGGACAGGAAUGACAAGCGUGUGGAGUGUGACCGCCGGCGAAUCCUAGGUAGUAAGGAAAACCGAUCAAACCCCUUUUCCCGAUUAGUUGUGAUAGUGUCGUGAAACUAUACUUAGAAUCAAACAAAGAAAUAUGUAAAUUUAAAUCGCUAGAAGGUUUUUUAUGCAGUCAAAUAAAUAUGAAUAUCAAACAGUAGCUACGAUGAAGCGACGACGUGAAAAAGUUACAUUUUAAAGUUUUCAAAGAACAAGCGUCCUAUUUGUUGAGCCAUUUUUCUACUAGCCAUUUUGAAACGAAUUUACUAAGUUGUACUUCUUCGGUUUUUUUUAUUGAAUCUUCAUAGGAUCAAAAAUUCAAUCAGUGAAAGCAACUAGUAGGCUGUGAAUAAAAAUCACUUCACAUUUAGCGUCGGAUGACGUUCUUGUUAUGCUUACUACGUGACAUUUAUCUAGUUUUCCUUGAUUAAAUACUGGCACGAAUGACAGUCGUGUGUAGUUGAAAAGUCUGCCCUGAAUCCGGUAAUAAAAGACGGAAUACUGAAGGUUGGUCCCCUAGCUAGGACCCCAUUCAUCUAGUGUAUAUCGUAAUCGAGUUUUAUAUAGGUGCUGUGUAAAUGAUUAUAAGAUUGACAUUACCGAAAAUAGUGUUGAGUUUGUGUCAGCAACACGCAGAAUUUGAGUAGGAACUACUUCGUUAGGCAGCACUAACCAAACUGGGAAAUUAGGCCAGACUAUAAACACUAUAAACAUGUAUGAAGAAAAACAAUCAAUGGUAAAAUAAAUCGAUGAGUUGUUCACUGUACAUUUUAUUAUAUACCGACUAAAAGCUCUAGCACAUACACACAGAGAAAGAACUUUAUUACAACGUUAUUACACUAGCAGGGGAAGAAGUUCAGAUCAAACACGGAAUACAGUGUGAAUUACAAUUGAAGUUGUACAUUUUCACUAGCUAAGAUUUUUGUUCCUUUCCUAACACUAAAGCAAACUGUGUAUAAGUUACAUAAAUUAGGUAAGCAUUAUUGUUUAAAACCAACUGGGAGAAGAAAAUAGAUUAUAUACAAAAUACUCGUUUAAAUAA